AUGCUGAACGACAAUAUAUGGAAACACAGGCGGGUUCCUGUCCCAAAGAGGACCAUCGAGCUGAUCGCGCUGAUAGCGAUUUCCAGUACCCUCUUCCUUUUCUUACACACAAGGGAGCUGCAUUCACGUUUGCGGAAAAUGGAAGUUCGCCUUCAGCCUGGCGAGGACGAGAUACUCUCGGCGAAUCAACUCUCGUUCGAAGCAGCCCAAACGGAGUCGAGUCCAAGUGGUACCGUCCAUUAUUCAAACGGACACCGCUUGUUCGCAUUGAACUACAAGGAACCGGAAGUACUGGACAUCGACACACUAAAUAACACGAAAAGAGCGGGCAAAGGUGUUUUGUUCUUCAACCGUGUACCAAAAGUGGGCUCCCAAACUUUUAUGGAGCUGCUAAGGAGGCUUUCGAUGCGAAACGACUUUUCGUUUAAUAGAGACCGUGUCCAAAGAGUCGAGACAAUACGUCUUGCACCUAUCGAACAGCUACAACUUGCCAGAAUGGUCAACAGUUACUUAGAGCCAUCUGUAUACAUAAAGCAUGUGUGCUUCACCAACUUCACAGAAUUCAACUUGCCGCAGCCAAUUUACAUCAAUAUAGUUCGGGAUCCCGUUGAGAGGGUGAUAUCCUGGUACUAUUACGUGCGAGCGCCAUGGUAUUACGUCGAGAGAAAGCAAAUAUUUCCAGACCUACCUCUGCCGGAUCCCAACUGGCUCAAAAAGGACUUCGAGUCCUGUGUACUUAAGGCGGACCGUGAAUGCAGAUAUCUGGAGGGCGAAAUUCACGAGGGGAUCGGUGAUCACCGCAGGCAGACGCUCUUAACUCCGUUCAACACUGCCGGUGCCCUGGAACGAGCGAAAUUGGCGGUAGAGAAACACUAUGCGGUGGUCGGUGUACUCGAGGAUGUGAAUACCACUCUCACGGUGUUGGAGAAUUACAUUCCCCGAUUUUUCCAAGGCGCCACUGACGUCUACUACGACGAAGUGAACGCCUUCACAAGAAUCAACCGUAACUUCUUCAAGCCACCGGUCAGCGAGGAAGUGAAAGACAUGGUGCGCAGUAAUUUCACGAGAGAAAUCGAAUUCUACCAAUUCUGCAAGCAACGUUUGCACAAACAAUUGAGGGCUCUGAAACUGUCGAAAAACACGCCUGUUUCGGGAAGCAACUGCUUGUAA